AGCGCGGCGGGCGGGAGUCCGGCGCGCCCUCCAUCCCCGCCGGCGUCGGCGACGAGUAGCCCGGUGAACCCGGAUACUAAUAAAGUUCGCUGGAGCCUCAAAAUCGUUCCGAAAGAGCGGAGCGGGUGCGAGGCGUCCGCGGGGAGGAGCCGGGCUCGGUGCUGCGGGCUGUGCGUUCCGAGCUCGGUGUUGCGGGCUGUGCGUUCCGGACUCGGCGCUGCGGGUCGUGCGUUCCGGGCUGCGGGCUCCGCGCUGAGGGUUCCGGGCUGCGGGCCGAGGGUGAAGAAUUGUUUAGAUUGAGAAGAGGAAGUCGACUUCCCAUAACUGAGCCAGUGUGAAACACGAGCUGGAUGAACACGGUCAGAUCUUGGUUUGAGGGAGACGGUGUGAUCUCCUGGAGUUAGAGCUGGUGCAGAAACUCUUCCUGUUUCAAAAAUGUUGGAGGAAGAUAUGGAAGUGGCCAUCAAGAUGGUGGUGGUGGGGAAUGGGGCAGUUGGAAAGUCAAGCAUGAUUCAGCGUUACUGCAAAGGCAUUUUCACAAAAGACUACAAGAAAACCAUCGGCGUAGACUUUUUGGAGCGACAGAUUCAAGUUAACGAUGAAGAUGUAAGGCUAAUGUUAUGGGACACUGCAGGUCAAGAGGAGUUUGAUGCAAUCACGAAGGCCUACUAUCGAGGAGCCCAGGCUUGUGUGCUUGUGUUUUCUACCACAGACAGGGAAUCUUUUGAAGCAAUUUCCAGCUGGAGAGAAAAAGUAGUAGCGGAGGUUGGAGACAUACCAACCGCGCUGGUACAGAACAAGAUCGAUCUGCUGGAUGACUCGUGCAUCAAAAAUGAGGAAGCUGAGGGACUGGCCAAAAGACUAAAGCUGAGGUUCUACCGGACGUCCGUGCAGGAGGAUCUGAACGUGAGCGAAGUUUUUAAAUAUUUGGCUGAGAAACACCUACAGAAACUCAAAGAACAAAUAACCGAAGAUCCAGAGCAGACACAUUCAAGUAGUAACAAAAUUGGUGUCUUUAAUGCAUCCGUCGGAAGUCACUUGGGCCAGAAUUCAAGUUCCCUUAAUGGUGGAGAUGUCAUCAACCUUAGACCUAACAAACAAAGGACCAAGAAAACCAGAAAUCCUUUCAGCAGCUGUAGUAUACCCUAAACUGUGUCAGGGAGGAGAAAGCUGAAUUGCACCGUGCAGUUAAGGGCACCAUGUGCGGGGUGUGUCCCGCGUGUGUCGGUGGGCCUCUCACCAUGCUCUGAAAGCUGACAUUGUAAUGUUGCUCUGCUGUGCUUCUCAGAAUGUAGAUGGCGCCCUCUGCUGGAGAAUUACUGCUCCGUGGACUCACUCUAGUUUUUUUACCUUAGACGAGGCUUCUCCUGUUUUUGAAUGAACAACAGAGGAAAUGUCAAAAACAGGUUUGGCUGAAUUUUAAAUUCUGAAAACAAAAACAACAUGACUAACUACGUCGGUAACCAAUGUACCCUGAUGGACCGUGAGGGAUGGCAAGCGUUGUUCUGACUCGGGCGUCGAGCUUUUCUGGAAUGUUUGGUCUGAAUACUUAAGAACAUACAGAAGGGAAACCCAGACUUGUCAGUCUGCCACGGUGUGUGUGUGUGGUCAGAGGUACUCGUGCAAUAUCCGUGACAUACGGACUGUGGGGGUGUGCAUGCAGACUCCUGGCUUGGGCAGAAGGCCUGUGCCCUGGGAAAGGGGAUGCAGAUUCUAGUCAGUUCGCUCCUACAACCAUUGUGUAUGCUUCUGUUCUCAUCUGAGGCAUCGGGACAUACUUUACAGAACAAACUUGGACCCAAGUGUACCGUGUGCCAAACACUACCGCUAAUUUUUACAGAACUUUCCUAUUCGAAUUUGUAUUUAUGACAACUUGUAGAGGCAGUUUCCUCUCCAACAGGUAGGUGACAGGAAUGUAAAGGUCUGACUGCUAGGACCUGUCCCUCCUGGGAUUCUUCCAGAGCCUUCUCCAUAGCCACUGUAAGCACAGGGAGCUUGUGCCCGGUUCACACCGCAGCCUGUAGCCACUCAGAAGGCCCUGUGGAAUGCGUGCACACCAGCUUCUGCCUGCUGACCUGAGACCAAACCCUGAACUCCCAAGGUGAAGGGAACCAUCUUUGCAGAGUGAUGAUGGUCUUUGGUCCUCAUCACAAAGCUGAAGCCCUGCAACUCUAAGGCAUCCUUUUGUUUACACACUUAGUACAGCAUUUUACCACUAUUGCUAAAAUUUUUCUGUGGCCUUUGGUUCACGUGGCACCUUAUCAAGAGCGAUUGGUAAGAAGCAUAUGUAAAGAAAUGACCCAGUAUGUAAGUGAAGGUGGGAACCUUGCGAGCUGGACACAGCCUACCAAAGACAUAUAUCAUGAAUUCUAUUAAAAACUCAUCCUUAAUCAGUCACUUUAUUUUUAAAGUAUCAAUAACCCGCUUCCACAGUCCUGGUUUUCAUGUGACUUUGAACUGUAUAAAAGUGAUAUUUCUUGGAACAUGUGCUAUGAAGUCCUUUUUCCUUUUUUUUUUAAACUAAAAUAUAUAAAUAGUU